AUGGCGCCGACAUCCUAUCCCAUGGCCUUGGCCGUCUUAGUCCCGCUUCCCUUUGACAUAAUUUCUACUAUCCUGCGCUUCUGGAUACGGACAAAGAGGAAGGCGUGGGGUCCCGAUGACUGGGCCAUGUUGAUCAACAUUCCCUUUUGGAGUGUAAGCACAAUUGCCACCAUAGGCAUGGCAUGGAGUGGUAUUGGACAAUAUGAUGCCACCCUUACAGAGUCUCAAUAUAUGAACUCUCUGCGGUGGUUCUACGUCUUCCAGGAACCAUGGUGUUUUACCCUCGUCACAAUCAAGUGCAGUAUCGGAUUUGCUCUGAUUCGAAUUGCAAGCGGCAAGAAAUGGAUCGAAUAUGUCAUCUACAUUAGCAUGCUUUUGUGCUUCAUCGUUAUGGGUGGAACAGGCAUAUACCUGUUCUUCCAGUGCAUGCCAGUACAGAAGAACUGGGACACAAAAGUCGAAGGCUACUGCCGCGAGCGCAGCACGCAGACCAUCCUCUCCUACGCCGUAGCCGUAGUAUCCAUCUCCACAGACUGGAUCUUCGCCACACUCCCCAUCUUCCUCCUCUGGGACGUUCAACUCGACUGGCGCGUAAAGGGUGGUGUAAUGGCCAUGUUGGGUCUCGGAAUCUUCGCCUCUAUCGCCCCUAUCGUCCGCCUAAAAUACCUCAUCGGGCUCAACGACGCCUCGCGCCUCCUCCAGAACCUGGGCGCAAUCCUCGCCUGGGCCACCGCCGAAAUGAACGUCGGCAUGUUCGUCGCCAACCUACCCGCCUGCCAUCCCCUCCUCAAACACGCCAUCGCGCGCUUCUCCACCUGGUCCGGCAGUAACUCGCGCUCCUACGCCUCCGGCAUCUUCGGCUCUAAAAAGCCACACCCGGGUGGCCCCUCCGCCAGCAACGCCAUCGAUUCCAAAAACAAGUGGCUUGAACUCGACGACCAGCAGCAACAGCAGCGUCCGGAGUCAAGUCGCACGCGGAAUUAUCUCAAUGGGAAGAGUAAAGGGACGGGGGUUGAGACGAAGAUAUAUGGGGAUUUAGAGGAUUAUGGGAGUGAGGAGAGUUUGGAUGCGAGGGAUGAUGGGAGUCAGAAGAGGAUUGUGAAGAAGGCGAGCUUGGAUGGGUUGCAGGUUAAUGUGCAAAAGGACUUUCGGGUUGAGAUUAGUGAGAGGUUUGAUGGGAGUGGGAGGGGGAGGAGCAGGAAAGAGGACUUGGAUAAGAUACAGGCGGAUAGGGUAUAA